AUGAUUGCCUGGGCAUUCUUGGCUUUAUUGUUCCUGUCUAGCGCAACGGCGCUUGAGCCGUUUCGAGAUGACGAUCUCAUCGAAUAUGUCACCCUCCCUGGGCAUCGGGCACUAAAGUGGAACGUCGACUAUUACAAUCGAUCUGCCGUGGCCCCGGGGUAUUGGUUUGUGGCACCGUACUGGAACUUUCACGGCGAGAAGGGCACGAACCAGUGGAUGCCAUAUCAGAUCGGGCCGUACAUAUACGACCAGGAUGGGGAACUGGUGUGGAGUGGCGCUGCCCUCUGGGGCAACCGGAACGCAAUGGACUUCAAGGUCUUCACCAAUCUAGGCAAUAAACCCCUGCUAGCAUGGCAAAUCCCCCGCGCCGAGGGAGAUAGCGAUACCGCUCCGGGGUAUAUACUCACGUACGACGAGCAAUAUCAAAAGGUGCACCAGCUCGAUCGACCAGCCCCAGGACUCGACACGCAUGAGUUCAAAGUGAAAGAAAAUCCAUGGGCUCUGAUCACGCAAUAUCGAACACAGUCGACCAAUCUAAAGGAUUUCGGCGGGCCUGACAAGACGAUGGAUAUAGACUUCAGCGGCUUCGUCGAAAUCGACAUGAAUACCGGAGAACAAAUGAUGGAUUGGUACUCGUACGACAUCUCGAUCGAGGAAUCAUAUACGACGGAUAUGAAUGAGGAAAAUCCCUCGAGCGACUACCUCCACAUGAACUCGAUAGACCGCAACAGCAACGGCGACUUCCUGAUCUCCGGCCGGCACACCGACGCGGUUUAUUUGAUCUCGCACGAGGACGGCAGGAUCCUCUGGCGGCUCGGCGGCAAGAAGAGUGACUUCCAUCAGGACUUCCAUUUCUCGCGCCAGCACGAUGCGCAGUUCAUGUCGACCAGCGACUCGGAGAUGAUCCUGUCGGUGAUGAACAACGGCGCCGACACCUUCUCCACCGAGAAGCCCACGUCGACCGGCAUGUACAUUAAGCUGGAUCUCACAACCAUGAACGCCACGCUCCUCGCCGAGUACCCGCGCCCGGACGGCGGAUGCACCGACUACCGCGGGAACAUGCAGACCCUGCCCAACAGCAACAUCUUCAUGGGCUGGAGCUGGGCCGGCAUGAUCAGCGAGCACACGCCCGGCGGUACGCUGCUCAUGAACGCCAGCUUCGCCUCUGACCGCUACGGCACAUACCGCUCCUUCAAGCUCCCCUGGACCGGCCGCCCGCUCGACCCGCCGACGCUGGUAUCCUCGUGUCACGGCGUCAACGGGUCCAAGCUCUCGACCGUCUUCCACGUCAGCUGGAACGGCGCCACGGACGUCGCGCACUGGCGCUUCUACGCGCGCGCCACCGCCCAGGCAUGGAAGAGGGAGAUCGGCACUGUCCCCAAACACGGCUUCGAGACCUCGUUCACGGCCCCGGGAUACAUGGACUGGGUGUCGGUCGAGGCACUUGACGCCAACCAGAAUGUGCUGGGCUCGAGUCUCGACGUGCGUACCUCGCCGCCGGAGUAUUGGCCGGCCAAUGCUACGGCCCCGCAGCCCGAUAACCCCGAAGCCCUUUCCCGGCCCCCGUCUGCUAGCAGCCUGCGGCAGAAGAUCACGCAGUCUUUGAACUGGAUGGUCGUGUUCUUCGCCGCUGGGUUCUUGACUAACUCCGUUGUCUCGGCGCUGGUUGUCUAUCGUCGCAAUAUCCGGUCCUGUUUCUGGCGGAUGGGUCACAAGGCACAGAAAUUUGCUUAUAGAGAACUGGAUCAUUACGAGAACUGGGAUGACUCUGGAUCUCUGAAUGAGGAGGAGCUGGGGCUUUUGAAAGAUGGGACACAUUAG